AUUUUAAUGGGUCAUUGCUAAAGCUAACUUAUAGAAUUAUAAAACAACAACACUAAUUUAUCAAAGAAAUAUUCAAUAUAAUAUAAUACAAAUAAUAGAAAAAGACAGGAUUCAUAAGAAACCUUGCAAGAGAACGGACCCCAUGCAAAUGAAUUAUCCAGACUUUUUGAAUGCAGAAAGCAAUCGGAAAAGUAUAGGGUCGAAUACUUCCAAAGACACAUCAAAAGGCAGUCCACCCAGCACCAUAUCAUCUACCACCACAGUUUCUAGUAAUGGUACGACAAAUUCGUCCAAAUCGAACGAAGACCCUAUACGCUUCAACAACAUGCUAUUCAACGGAUUAUCUACAUUGGACGAAACCCAAGCUGUCGACAUAUUAUCCCCUCCACAUGCUCGAAAUUACUACAAUUGUUUUGACAAUAUAAACCCACCAAAAAGAGACACAUUUAAUUUACCCCGCGAAUUACAAGGUGGAGUCAACAACAUAUCUUCAAGAAGACCUAGUUAUGCUGCUGAAUCAUUCACCAGAAAUACUAACUUCCCAGCCUUUGGCGCACCUAAUUUAUCCAUACAACAAUCUCCAGGCGAAUUUGACCUGCAACAUCAACCUCCACAAGUACCCAAGACGGCAAAUUCUUCCAAGUUUUUCAAUAGUAAUAAGUCCUUUACACCUUCGUUUUCCAAUCAACUUCCUAUGGUUAAUACAUUUUCCAACCCAAAUGCUCAAUUUCAAUAUGAUCAAUUCAGUGACAAUUUUGCCAAUAUGAAUAUAAAUACUAAUUUCAAUAAUUUCCAAUCUAGUAGACCUACACAACAAGUUCAACAACAGCAGGAGCAGCAGCCAUCACAACAGGGUCAACAACAAUCACAACAACAAUCUCCAGGAACUCAGAAACUAAGUCUUUCUCCUGGCUCCAAUAAUUUCCCAAUAAGAUUAGAGAAUGGUUUGAUAUUAAAAGAUAAGUACAUUAUUGCUUCUUCAGACCGGUUGAAAUCACUUUUCCUUAAAACAAUGAAAUAUUUCCAGGACCCUGCAAUAACUGCUGAAAUCUUGACCAAAUUGAAUGCAUUAUUGAUGAAUCCAGUCAUAAUUAAAUUAGUUACAUUUAUCAAGAAUCUUAACAAUUUGACGUUUAAUCAUAAGAUCUUAUGUCUUGUUAUAAAUAAGAAUGGGAAAUUUGAUUUGUUGUCCUACCCCAACAAUUCUAACAUUCUUUUACAAAAGAAUGAUUUGGUUAUUCUGGAUGGUGAUAGAGGUAAAGAUUUGGUUAUGAUUGUUGAACCUCUUGUUAAUUUGGAUUUUGCGAUUUUAUUUAAUUUCUUAAAAAAGGUUGAACAUUUAAAGAGUUUAACUAUUCAAGACAAUGCUGGUAAAGUUGGAAAUCGCGGCCAAGUGAGUAAGAGUAAUGGUGGAACCCAUUCGACUUUGUUGAAUGCUUCUAGCAUAAUUACGUCUCAUCUGAAUGAAGAUAAUGAAUUCAUAAUUACUUUGCCUACUAAACAGGUUCUUAGGUUUGCCACUCCCGCUGAGGUUCACAAGAUUAGUGGGAAAUUCCUCGAGGAAAAGAAGGCAUUUAUCACUUGCUAUAAUAAGAUCAAGGAGCUUAACUUGGAAUCCAAUUUGACCUUGAUUAAUGUUGAGUAUCAGAGUGAUUUGAAGAAGUUGAUCUUUUAUUAUUUUGCUGGGUUUAAGCGAAUUGAUUUCCGAGGAUUGAUUAAAGAACUAUUCAAGAUUUAUAAAACAAGAAUUUGGCUCUGUGCUGUUUUACCAUUUGAUAAACCCGAGACUUAUAUUACCAUGAAGAAGAACCAAAAAGUGCCAGAAAAGAAUUCUGAAGAGGAUAUAAUUCCUCGGGAAUAUGAUUUAUCAAAUGAACAAAUUUUGAAUUUCUCAAUUAACGAGUUUGAUAAUUUGGCUAGUCCAAAUUAUUUCCAUCUGAUUAAUUUAUUGAAUUUGAUUGAGCAUUUGAAUAAUGAAUUGGAAGGAUACUUUUAUGGAUUUAACAGUGAUAAGAAAACAACACAACCUACAACAACACCAAAUCAAAAACAACAGCUAAAACAACAACAACAGCAGCAGCUGCAACAACAGGGUGUUUCCAACGAACCUUAUUGUGUUGAGCCUGAUCGCAGCCGAGUAUUGCCUUAUUUUGAUCCGUUUGGCGACGCUAAAUAAGACUCUAAUUUACUUUCCAUGUCGUGUUUGAUAGAUAUUAUAAAAGAGGGAUUAUGGACAAUUUUUAUUACUACGAAUUUAAAAUUAGGGAUGUUCCCUAUCAGAGAGAAAGAUAGACAUUAUUGAAUUUUUAUUAUUUGAUUUUUUUUUAACUCUAAUAUGUAUUAUUGGACUGUUUUUGGUUAUACAUACAAACCUUCUUUAUUAUGGCUUAUUUUAAAAGAUGAUUUAUUUAUUGAGAUUUUAUAUAGUUUUGUAGAUGAAAAAUAUAUACUUUAUACAACAGUAUUGGCUAUAACUUUGCAUUCGUUUUUAUGGCAAGUCAUUGUGUGCCCGAGAGCGGCGCAAAACCCAAACAAGAAAAAAAUCAGCCGCAGGAAGAACUGGCUUUAUACUUCAAUCAUAACCGUAUUAAUAAUUGACACGAGAAGACUGCAAUGUCAAAACGACCCAGAUCAAUCGAGGAUCUAUUGAAAGAUGAUGAUUUCAAAGUUCCGAAAUUCAUCUCAAAAGUUAAACGAGAACAGUUAUCCAAUAAACAGAACCAAGGGAAUACAACAGUUCCAGUCAAACGAGCCAAAAAGAAAUUAACUUACGUCGACGAAGAAGAAGAAGAAGAAGAAGAUAUAGAAGAGCCUUCGAGACAAGACGUCGGUCGAAAUAAAUCUAAUAACAAGAAAGGUUCAAGGUUUCAUUUUGAUUGGGAUGAUCAAGAAGACACCACAUCUUCAUUUACACUUUUACUUGAGGACGAGGACCAAGAUGAGCCAGAACUUGACAAUGAAAUUACAAGCUAUGAAUCUCCUUGGACCAAAUCUCUUGAGCUGAUGACGG